GCAGGAUGCAGGUUCGGGGCCUCCUCCUCCUCCUGGCACUGAUCCUGCUGGCUGCCACCACUGAGGCUGGCAAGAAUAAGAAAGAGAAGGCAAAGAAGGAUGGCUCUAAGUGCGAGGACUGGCGCUGGGGACCUUGUGUUCCCAACAGUAAGGAUUGUGGCCUGGGCUACCGCGAGGGAACUUGCAAAGAUGAGAGCAAGAAGCUCAAGUGCAAGAUCCCCUGCAACUGGAAGAAGAAAUUUGGAGCUGACUGCAAGUACAAGUUUGAGAGCUGGGGAGGGUGUAAUGCUCAGACAGGCUUGAAGACUCGCUCAGGCAUCCUGAAGAAAGCCCUGUACAAUGCCCAGUGUGAGGAGAUCGUCUCUGUGACCAAGCCCUGCUCUUCCAAGAUCAAGUCGAAGUCCAAAGCAAAGAAGGGCAAGGGGAAGGACUAGAACGGGAAGCCAUCAUCUUCAUCGGCCCCUCAACAUGGUGCCUACAGGACUGGAUGCCCAGCUGCAGCUGGCCCAUGCUACAGUCUUCCUUCUCCUCUACUUCCUCCUUUCCAUGACCUCCUGUUUUGCUGAGAUGCCUUGUUUUAAUCAUUAGUGUUGUAGAGAGCAAACCCACCCACUCACCCCGCAGGAGAGGCUGCUCCCAUCCUUGCGACCCCGCUGCCAGUGCAUCUCACUCAUCUCCUCUUGGCUGGUGGUGGGCUUCGCUGGGAUGCACCCAGAGAGCUGGGAUGGGAACACACAUUUUUCCACCCUGCAGCACAAAUGAGUUGCCUUUAGCACAUCCUUUGGCAAGUCCAGGACCCUCCUUGUUCCUUCACCAGCAGAGGUGACAGAAGGAAGGGAUGGGUGUUAAAUGCCAGAGUAACCCCAUUACUCAUGCCCCUUACUCACUUGAGGACUGAUCUCAGCUCAGGAAGCUUAUUCCAGCAUCCCUUUGGAUGAAUUACCUGCAGCUGAGGUAAACACAACCACCCCAGGAACCACUGUGUCUCCUCUCCUCUAUCACUUCUAACCAUGUGUGUUCUUAUCGGGGCUGCAGUCCCUCUGCCUUUGCCACACCAACACUGGUGCUGGGUGGGAACUCUCACUCCUUUUGGAAAUGGGGUUUGUUUUCUUUUCCAAUAAAAUCUUUUUUUAAAAAGUAUCAGAACCAA